AUGGAGCCAAAGGUCGGCCAUGUGCGCUCUGAGGAGGGCUUGGUGCCCUUUUCACAGUUCAGGUGCAGCCCCUGCUGCACGACGGACACUUUGGAUCCUGUCUACUCCAAUGUUACGGCAGGGCAGUCUAUGUGGUUUCAGUUGCCCGAUGGGCUCCAUCCAGAUCGGGAUGAGUUCUGCCCCGGGGAUGAACCGCUGACCAAAGCUGACGGCGUUCACGAACGGGGAAUGAUUGUUUUGACCGGCCCCGGCACUUUGCUUGAGCUGCCGGCGGACUUGCGGCGUAAUGCUGAGCGCAUCAUGUCCGCAAACUCUGGAUUUCAUGUGAAAUGGUUUAGUGAUGCAGACUGUCACUCCUACAUCGCACGACAUUUCGAUGCAGAGCUGGCUGGAAUGUUUCGUCGCGAAUAUCGAGGCUCGUUUCGAGGAGACCUAUGCCGAACAGCAGUUCUGUACCGUGAGGGGGGCUUUUAUGUGGAUCUAGAUGUCGAAUUAUUGGUACCGUUGACUUCGCUCGUCGGGUUGUCGACAACGUUCAUGUCUGCUUACACGUUUGACGGCGCCAUGUUGAAUGCCGUGAUGGCGAGUGAGCCUUUCAGCUCCGUUCUGUAUUCCACACUCGUGGAGCUGCGGAAGUGGUACCGGGGGCAAGUCCCCCGAAUCUAUGAUGCAACUGUAGAUGGCAAUGACUGUCGCAACGAGUGGAUGGGCCCACUCACACUGCACCGCGGAAUUCGGAACUUUAUGCAGGCGGUGUGUCCAGGCGUAGUGCUAUCUGCUUCGCAGUUAGAUGUAGCCUGCGGUACACAUGCCCUGCGCUUCUACCAGGAGCGUGAGCUCCAGUGCACAGUGGGCAAGGGAUCAAGAGAAUGCUCUGAUGAGCGAGCUCGGUCACCGUUUGCUGGUUCGAAAUAUGGCUUGUUUGCUCCUGGCCCGGAGAUGUAUCGAGAACGACUGUUGCUAGGUUGGCCACGCUUUGAAGCCUGUAGAAGCAGAGGUUGCUCGGAAGCUUUCCGAUGGGAGAGACCGGAUGAGCAUCUGCAGCUAGACUGGCUUCUGCAAGCGCGGAUGAUGCCCUGUGUCUGCCCAGAGCAGUUCCAGAGCGCCCAGAAGCUCAUUACAGGCUUGAUCUUCUCCCUGCCGGCCAAAGAGCAGCUCGGCCCAGCAUGCGACCGGUUCCGGCCGUUCAUCGAAGCUGGCGACUUGGAGUGUGCGACGGCAGUGGUUUCCAGCAGCCUGCUCUGUGCGAGUGCCGCCUCGGGCAUCGACCCGAAGCUUGCCCGGACCUUCCUGGCUAGGGCGUUGCAAGCGUCACUGGGUGGUUCCACACUGCUUUGCUACGAGGAAAUGUGGCACAUCAGGAUGGACGAAAUCUUGGACAAUUUCUAUCGCUCGCACAUUCCCGAGUUUGCGGAGGCCACGCUGAACUGGACCAUGUACAACAGCUCCUCGGAGGCCUUCAGCCGCACUCCGGAAGAGCUUGCCAGCAGCAUCAUCCGCAUUCGUUCGGCGCUGGCACUUUUCGGGAGCUCGGCGAAGCCCAGUACUCCGAAGACAGUCCGCAAAGAGACAACCCAGUCAAAGCUGGGCCUCGCCCUUGCGAACCUCGAGGGCGAAUCUGGAUCUGGAGACCGGUCACCGGCCGCUGAAUUGUUUGCUUCCUGGCGGUUUCGAGUCCAACUUCCUGGCGAUGCUAUCUACGCCGGGCAGUGGCUUGGAGACCAGCGACAUGGCCAGGGCACCAUGACCAGGCCGGACGGAGGGCGCUAUGAUGGACAGUUCCGCCAUGACAAAGCUCAUGGCGUUGGCAGGUUUCGCCAUGCCAACGGAGAUGUCUAUAGCGGACAGUGGCUCGAGGACAAGGCCCACGGGCAUGGCAAGUUUGUUCAUGCGGAUGGAUCCUCCUAUGAAGGCGACUGGGAGAUGGACACCAAAUCCGGCAGAGGAGUUGAAACCUGGGCGGAUGGGUCUCACUUCAAGGGUGAGUACAGAAAUGGGAUGAAGCACGGAACCGGCUUCUUCCAGUCUGCAGACAGUUCGACUUACUCUGGGCACUUUGUUGAUGACGCGAUGGAAGGUCAGGGCAUCUACAGAUUUGCUGAUGGAAGGCUGUACACCGGCGCUUGGCAUGAGAGUCAGAUGCAUGGUGAUGGCACGAUGACGUGGCCCGACGGCCGCUCCUACACUGGUGGCUUCUCGGAUGACCGAAAGUCCGGCGAGGGCACCUUCACCUGGCCCGAUGGAAGGUCCUACUCUGGACAGUGGGAGAUGGGCCGGCAGCAUGGUGUGGGCGUGUUCAUCGACACCAAGGGCAGGCAACGAAAAGGUUUGUGGAAUGAAGGGCAGCGAUUGAAAUGGAUGGAUGCUUAA